AUGUUCGAUCAAGCUACGACUAUGGGCGAUGGGAUCGCCGAGGACCGCAACCACCACCACCACCACCACCACCGUGGAUCCAACUCUCUGUACGGUGACCGGAUGGACAAAUGCCAUACCGAACUUGGGAGCAGGUCGCCGGUGCAGAGUACAACCGAUACCGCGGGUACAUCGGCGUCAACCCCCACCUCCUCCAGUGAAGAUGGACAUGAUAAACUGGACCCAGUGGACCCAGACUACUGCCAGAGGAUUUUAGUUCGAGAUGCUAAGGGUACCAUCCGGGAGAUCGUGUUGCCAAAGGGUCUCGACCUCGACAGACCAAAACGCACGCGGACCUCCUUCACUGCAGAGCAGCUCUACCGGCUCGAGCUCGAGUUCCAGCGCUGCCAGUAUGUAGUCGGCCGAGAACGCACUGAGCUGGCGAGGCAGCUGAACCUGUCUGAGACACAGGUUAAAGUGUGGUUCCAGAACCGCCGCACCAAGCAGAAGAAGGACACGACCAAGGACUGUGACAAGCACUCCUCCUCCACCUCAGAGUCAAUGGCCACAUGUAACAUUUUGCGUCUCCUCGAACAGGGCCGCCUCCUCUCCGCCCCGCCCCCCAAUCCCCCAUUGGGCCACCACCAAGGAAAUGGCUCCCUAUUGGUCAGCUCCGGAGGGGGCUCCUCCUCGCCAGGCGUGAGUAGGAGCACGCCACCAGGAAAUGGCAUUCUUGGCAUGGGUGGAACUUUCGGGCUGUCACUGCCCUCCCUGGGAGGGACUUCACCUUCGCCACGUCUGGGCAUGCCGCCGCCGCACUCACUGUGCUUCUCAAUGCCGCUGCUAGGGGGCGCUCAUCAUGAACUGGCGUCUGGGUACGGGUGUGGGUCCUCGGCGUUUGAGCCAUACAUGCGGCUGGACAGGAUCUCCAAGGAUGGAGAUCUAAGUGGGAAGAAGAGAGUUUCCUAA